AUGUCUCACUCAUCCUUAUCAUGGUUAGCCAACUUGAAUGUUGAGCAAACACCUCACAAAUAUUUAAGAAGAUCCUCGAUUAUUGGUACCAUUGGUCCUAAAACAAACAGCGUUGAGGCUUUGGUCAAAUUGAGAAAAGCUGGUUUGAACAUUGCUAGAAUGAACUUUUCCCAUGGUUCCUACGACUACCAUCAAUCUGUAAUUGACAAUUGUAUCAAAUCAGAGGAAGUCUACAAGGGAAGACCAUUGGCUAUUGCUUUGGACACCAAAGGUCCAGAAAUUAGAACCGGAACCACUAUUGAUGACAAGGACUACCCGAUUCCACCAGGACAUGAAAUGAUCUUCACCACUGAUGACGCAUACAAGUUAAAAUCAAAUCAAGAUCUUAUGUACAUUGACUACAAAAACAUCACCAAGGUCAUUUCCCCUGGUAAGAUUAUCUAUGUCGAUGACGGUGUGUUGUCAUUUGAGGUUUUGCAAGUCCUCGAUGACCAAACUUUAAAAGUUAAAUCCAUCAAUUCCGGUAAGAUCUCUUCACACAAGGGUGUCAAUUUACCAGGCACUGAUGUUGACUUGCCAGCUUUGUCAGAGAAGGAUAUCUCAGAUAUUCAGUUUGGUGUUAAAAACAAGGUCCACAUGAUUUUUGCCUCGUUCAUCAGAUCUGGUGAUGAUAUCAGACACAUUAGAAGAGUUCUUGGUGAAGAAGGUAAAGAUAUUCAAAUCAUUGCCAAGAUUGAGAACCAACAAGGUGUCAACAACUUUGAUGACAUUUUGGAGGCUACUGAUGGUGUUAUGGUUGCUAGAGGUGACUUGGGUAUUGAAAUCCCAGCCCCACAAGUGUUUGUUGUUCAAAAGCAAUUGAUUGCAAAGUGUAACCUUGCUGCUAAACCAGUCAUUUGUGCCACUCAAAUGUUGGAAUCGAUGACUUACAACCCUAGACCAACCAGAGCCGAAGUUUCAGAUGUUGGAAAUGCUAUUUUGGAUGGUGCCGAUUGUGUUAUGUUGUCAGGAGAAACCGCUAAAGGUAACUACCCAUACGAGGCUGUCUCAAUGAUGCACAAUACUUGUCUCAUUGCAGAAAAAGCCAUUGCUUACCCACAAUUGUUUAACGAAUUGAGAGCUUUGGCUAAGAAGCCAACACCAACCAGUGAAACAUGUGCAGUUGCUGCAGUGUCUGCAGCUUACGAGCAAGAUGCCAAGGCUGUUGUUGUCUUGUCUACUUCUGGUCUUUCAGCUAGAUUGGUCUCAAAAUACAAGCCAGAUGUGCCAAUCUUGAUGGUUACCAGAAAUGAAAGAAGUGCCAAAUACUCCCACUUGUACAGAGGCGUGUACCCCUUUGUAUACCAAAAGGAAAAGGCUGCCAACUGGCAAGAAGAUGUCGAGAACAGAUUAAGGUGGGCUGUUUCUGAAGCUAUUGACUUGGGUAUUAUAUCCAAGGGUGACUCGAUUGUUACUGUUCAAGGAUGGACUAAAGGUUCCGGACACUCCAACACUGUCAGAAUUGUCCAAGCUUGA